CUCUGAUGCCAGCCUUCAGAUUCGCCGCAUCGGAAAUUGAAAGGCCGAGAUCGCAUAUAGGGUUGAGAUGGGGGAACAGUCAGAGACCUCGGCCGCCGACGACUCAUGAGGGUUUCCGCUUGGACUCCAGGGAACGGCGACGAGGGUUUGGAGCUUUCGCAUUCUGGCUAGCCUCCGAUCUCCGCCGAGGAGGGGGUUUUCUCUGGGAAUCUUAAGACACCUCAAAGAGGUUCGAGGGAUCUCGUCUUCUCUAGAACACAUUGCCCUCAUCUAUGCCAUCCAGUUAUUAUAGAUAGCAUUGCCUCAUUCAGAUUCUUCUAGAGAUGGAAUUAUGUUUGCAGAGCUCACCAGGGAAACCAGACAUAACACAUAUAGUAUGAUAUCCAUGCUUUCCCUUGUUUUUGAAGGCAUGGGUUCAUUCUGCAGCAGACAAAAACCUUACAGUGAAACUGACAGUGAAGAAAAUGAACAGGCUGCAGAAAUUGAGAGGCGAAUUGCUCAAGAAACAAAGGCUGAGCAACAUAUCCAUAAACUUCUACUUCUUGUUGAAGGUGCGGGAGAAUCAGGAAAAUCUACAAUUUUUAAGCAGAUAAAACUACUCUUUCGAUCUGGCUUUGAUGAGGCGGAACUUAGAAGUUAUACAUCAGUUAUCCAUGCUAAUGUGUAUCAGACAAUUAAAAUAUUGUAUGAUGGAGCAAAGGAACUGGCACAAAACGAAUCAGAUUCAUCAAAGUAUGUCGUGUCGAUUGAAAAUAAGGAAAUUGGAGAAAAACUGUCUGACAUUGGAAGCAGGUUGGAUUAUCCAUAUCUUACUAAAGAUAUCGCACAUGAGAUAAAAAACUUAUGGAAUGAUGCUGCUAUUCAGGAAACUUAUGCUCGUGGAAACAUACUACAAGUUCCUGAUUGUGCUCAAUAUUUCAUGGAGAAUUUGGAACGAUUGUCUGAAACAGAUUAUGUUCCAACAAAGGAGGAUAUUCUUUAUGCCAGGGUGCGAACAACAGGAGUUGUGGAGAUCCAAUUCAGCCCUGUAGGAGAGAGCAGAAAAAGUGGUGAAGUUUAUCGGCUAUAUGAUGUUGGAGGCCAGAGAAAUGAGAGGAGGAAAUGGAUCCAUCUGUUUGAAGGUGUAACAGCUGUAAUUUUCUGUGCUGCAAUAAGCGAGUAUGAUCAGAUGCUUUUUGAGGAUGAGACAAAGAAUCGAAUGAUGGAGACCAAAGAGCUCUUUGAUUGGGUCCUGAAGCAAGCAUGCUUUGAGAAAACAUCAUUCAUGCUGUUCCUCAACAAAUUUGAUAUUUUUGAGAAGAAGGUUCAAAAAGUUCCCUUGAGUGUUUGUGAGUGGUUCAAGGAUUAUCAACCCAUGGCAUCCGGAAGGCAAGAGGUGGAACAUGCAUAUGAGUUUGUGAAGAAGAAGUUUGAGGAACUUUACUUUCAAAGUACCAAACCGGAACGUGUGGACCGGGCAUUCAAGAUCUACAGGACAACCGCCUUGGAUCAGAAACUUGUAAAGAAAACUUUCAAGCUGGUUGAUGAGACCCUGAGGAGGAGGAAUCUCAUUGAGGCUGGCUUGUUGUGAGCUUGAGUUCUUCCCAAAUAUUUGAUGAGCUGAUCAAGAAUUUUGGUACUUAUUUGUAAUUCUUUUUACCCAACAUGAAAUUCUUCAUUUAUCUCCCACUGGUAAAGAAAAUUGAAGCCUUUAAUCGUAUCUGGUUGUUGCUGUUAAAGAGUUGCCGUUCAAUUUACUUUCAGAUCCUUGAUUUGGUUAUACUUGAAUGGACAUCAAUUUUUUCCCCCCGUGGUGCAAGGGUUCUUGGCCGUGAA